AUUGGGAUGUUGUUCGAAAAUGCAUUUGUUCUGCAUACUUUCACCAAGCUGCGAGGGUCAAGGGGAUCGGAGAAUACGUUAAUUGUCGUACAGGAAUGCCUUGCCACCUUCAUCCAACAAGCGCAUUAUAUGGCCUUGGAUAUACACCUGAUUACAUUGUUUACCAUGAGCUAGUGAUGACCUCGAAAGAAUAUAUGCAAUGUGUUACUGCUGUGGAUCCUUAUUGGCUAGCAGAAAUGGGUCCUAUGUUCUAUUCAGUCAAAGAGAAAAAUUUCACACAAAAAGAAAAACGGGCUGCUAAUAAGGCGGAGAUGGCCAAAAUGACUAUGGAGAUGCAACUUAAGACAGCACGUGAGAAGGAAGAAGCAGAGGCGAAAGAACUUCAACGUCAAUCGGCUUCAGCUCCUAAAAGCUCACGUAUUGUAAUUCCUGGCAAAAGAGAACCCGGAACACCCAUGAAAAAGCGACGUUUAGGCAUCUGA